AUGGCAGCCGACAGUCUCUCUCUUGAUGGAAAGAUAGCCAUAGUUACUGGCUCUGGCCGAGAAAACGGCAUCGGCGCAGCUAUAGCCGUAACAUUGGCACGCAGUGGAGCAGCCGUCACCAUCCACUACGUGAGCGAUUCUGUGACCAAGAGAGCCCAUGCCGUCGCCCAAGGUAUAAGAGCAGAUGGCGGUAAAGCAGCCGUUGUCCAAACCUCGAUCGAAACCCCCGAGGGUGCUCAACAUCUGGUUAAGGAGACUUUGAGAGCAUUCAACACCGACCAUGUCGAUAUUCUGAGUACGUAUGGCCACGACAAGUCACCGCCAAACCCUAACUUGUCAUCUGUAGUCAACAAUGCAGGAGUACCGUUCUUUGGCGAGACAUUAGCAGUCCACCCUAAGCAAUUGACUGAAGUACUCGACGUCAAUAUCAAGGGCCCAAUUUUCGUCGCCCAGGCCGUUGUACCUCUCAUUGCCCCCGGCGGUCGUAUUGUGAACAUCAGUCCAAUCGCGUCCAAGCUUGGCGACGAUUACAUCCCAGUAUACGGUGCUUCCAAGGCUGCUCUGGACAGUCUUACGUGGUCAUGGGCCAAGGAGUGGGGACGCAGCAAGGGCAUCACGGUCAACGCAGUCGCCCCUGGCCCCGUCUUGACUGAUGCAAUCCCUGCAGCCAUAGCCGAUGAAUUCCAACGGCCCUCCAUCGAGAUCACACGAGCCGCUAAUAGGGCUGGUACCGCGAAGGAUAUCGCUGAUGCUGUACUUUUGCUGGUUUCUGAGAAGGCGAGAUGGAUUACGGGACAGUACAUCUCUGUUAGUGGUGGAGUCACCAACUGA